UAUGUAAGUAUGUGUCAGACACCAGGGAACCGCCGGCGGUAAUUUACGGCAGAAUUAGUUGCAAUAUUGGCACUCUUAGCCCUGCUUGUGCUUUCUGUACAUAUUGGUAGACUCAGAAGCUCUCGGCUUAAUUGCUCCUCACUAUUACUCCAAUUUGACAUUUGUGUUGUCUUCUUAGGCAUACUCAUCUUCCAUGUCGGGCCGCGGAGGCGGAUUAGGCAUCGAUUUGGGAACCACCCACUGUUGCGUGUAUGUCGUCAAAUACGGCUGCCAACCAGAGCCUGUGCCAAACAGUAUGGGAGGGAACACAAUUCCCAGUUGGGUACGCUAUGAGCAAAUCGGCCACGAGGUGGGGUCAAACGCUAAGGAGCAAAGCCCGGAAAACGCUACAAGCACUGUAUACAAUGCGAAGCGCAUUAUCGGACGGAAGUUUGAGGAUGAUGCGGUACAAAACGAAUGCAAACGUGUGCCGUUUGUCAUCGAUAAUGAUAACGGUUCACCUAUUAUACGGGUGAAAGAGUGCGAUUCGGCUGGAGAAGAGAUCUACCAAGAAGCACUGCGCCCUGAGAAAGUCAGUGCUACAUUGCUGGAGCAUCUCAGAAAAAUGUCGGAGGAAUUUUUGGGCGAGCUACCGGCGGCCGUGAUUACAGUACCGGCUAAUUUCACCGAUAACCAGCGAUCGGCUACGAUGAUGGCCGCCAAGUGGGCACGCUUCGGGAAUGUCACGCUGCUUAACGAGCCAACAGCCGCAGCUAUUGCUUAUGCCAGCACGAUGCACAGCCAAGGUAUCAUUAUGGUCAUCGAUUUCGGCGGAGGCACCCUGGAUGUCACCAUCAUGAAAGUGGACAGUACGGAUGAAUUCAAAGUCCUGACAACCGAUGGCAAUUCGUAUCUGGGUGGAGAGGAUUUUGACAAGGAAAUCGUCGAAUAUUUUCUGCAAGACAUCCAUGAGAAAUACAAUUUCAGUAUAGAACCAGGCAGCAGUGAUUAUUCAAGCCUCAAACUCGUAGCGGAAAAGGCAAAGAUAUGCUUAUCGAGCUCCAACAUCGACAAAUUUCGUAAAUCAGUAUUUUUGCAAGAUGGAAAAAUAAAGCACGUCGCGGUGCUACCGCGAAGCGCGUUUGACGGGAUGUUCCUGGCAAUUCUGAAGAAGCUCCUUGAGCCGGUGACAAGCGCUCUCACGUCAGCCGGCUUGACAAAGAAUGAUAUCGACAAGGUGGUUUUGGUGGGCGGCAGCACCAGGUUGCCAGCUGUUAAGCGGACUCUGCAGAGGUUUUUUGAGCGCAAUGAAGUUAUUUGCACCGAUGCUAAUCCGGAUGAAGCCAUCGCCAAGGGCGCGGCACUACUGUCUUACCGCCUCAAUAAUAAUUUGCCAAGCAAUUUCGUGGAAAUCACCGCAUACCACUACGGACUGGAGCUCGACGAUCCUGGGCAGAACAUAAUGGAAUUAAUUCCUCGUGGGAUAAGUGUCCCUUGCAGUAUUACGGAGAACGUAGAAACCGCAUACGACAACCAGACUGCUGUAAGAUUUACGGUGUUUCAAAGUAAGCUGGGUUUCAGAGUUGACAAGUAUCAAAUCGGUUACUUCGAAAUCUGGGAUUUGCCAGCACGAAAGGCAGGAGAAUGCAAAUUCACUAUCACGUACCGGAUCGACGAAAGUACGACGCUGCAUGCAGCGGUGCAGGGAAAGGACGAUCUGGAGCACUACAAAAAGAAUAUUGAAAUAACGUUAUCUAACCGUGUGUAGUCGCUGUCGGUUUAGGAAUACAUGCAUAAAACUUUUUGAAUGCUGUUGUGUACUGUAAUUUACUAGAACUAACGUAUCACGAGUGUUAAGCGUAGGAACAUCCUUGCAGUGUCGUAAAAAAGUUUCUGGUUUAAUGAAAUUAACAUUGUAGUCUUUUUCCUAAUGCUAUAAUUUUGCAUCAGUUUUGCUGUAGCACUGUUUACCUGCUUUUCUCCUUUUUCUUCUAGCAUUUCCUGAUACUGUAUACAUACAGUAACAUACUAACUGUAUAACCACAAUUCAUCGGCAAGAAAUUCUUUAUGAGUUCCAAACAUAUAAUACUGCAAUAAAGC